AUGUCGAUGAAUCCGGUUGGUCUUGAGCGGAUCCUGGGGUUCUGGGCCGACGAGGACAACGCUAGGCACAAAGUCGUGUUGGACCCAGGUGGGCGCAGCUGCUCCGUGGAGACCACGGGGCCAGCUGGCCAGCGGCGCUCAGGGAAGGGCCUCGUCCGUCUGGACGAGGAAGGCCGCGUCGCUCUGGGGCAGGGCUUUGUCCUGGAUGCGGAGCGGAUGACCAGCUCGGGCGUGUUCUGGCGGCCCGAGGGGCGCGGCAGGGGCUUCGAAUGGCGGCGGUGCGGAGACGAUAUGGAGCUUUCUGCAGAAGCUGGUCGCUCUCCACAGGAGGACGAGGCUUCGUGCCCAGACGGGCGCGACAGUGGUCGCAAGGUCUCCGAGUACGGGCCUAUGCUGAGGCUCACGGGGGGUCCGGGGGCAAGCAGCCUGGAGUGCGCGUUCGGGGACGAGCGCGGCACGGGCUUCGGAGUUUCCUACGGGGACUCCUAUGGUGGCGGCGCAUAUUCAUGGGCGAACGGAUGUGCCUCGCAGCUGAUGCCCGCCGGUGUCCACCAGCCCAUGCUCAUGCUGCCGCAGGUGAUGCCCACUCUCCCCCUCCUGAUGCCGCCCUAUGCUGUCCCUGGCAGUGAUCAGGUCGGCAAUCUCCUGGGUGCGCUCGGCGUCGCCCUGCCAUACCCAUGCGCGGGCGCUCCCCAAUCUAUUGAUGCAGAAGGUUUGGCUCUUCAAGCCCUCGCCGCACAGGAUCGUCAGGACGCUGACGAGCACCACGACGAUGGCGCAAAAUCUCGGCGAGAUGUCGUUCAGCUGUAA